CCAUCCGUCCAUCUCCAAGCCGUUCUCUCUGUCUCCCUCCCUCCACGCUACCUCGAUCCUAUGCUUUUAACAGAAUUUCUUUGUACUUGACCUUUCUCCGCCUUUUCUUACAGCCAAAUUCCCCAAAUUUCACUGUCAAAUUGGUAACCAAUCGUUAAGAAUCUAAGUUCAAUAAUCAAUGCAAGCAGUGCAAUGCCCCAGGAAUAGCUUCCGCUAUAACGGCACGUUGUGUGCUUGCGACCCUGGCUUCUUCUACAAUUUCAGCAGCAACAGCUGUGGGCUAUUGACGGAGUUAGGACCGGCGGUGGAGCUGAACAGUGGCGUCGACUAUGAUUCUACUCUGGCAUUCCCUGAGACCAUAUUCUCCUUUGACUCCAUCAAGAAGUUUACCCAGUCGCAGGCCGUUUUCUUAGAGGCCACCCUUGCUAUGCUCCUCUUCUGGCUCGGAUCCUGCCUUCUCCUCCGCCUCUUUCCCCUUGGAACCGAUGGCCGCUCUCCCUGGUUCAAGAUCCGCUGGUGGAUUAGCCGGCUUGAUGUCUCAUUCGCAACUCGGCACUGGCUUGAGGACCAGAAGGUAGUGAAGAAGCGGAAAACAGAGCUUGGCGGGACUUUCUCGAUUGCUAGCUGGAUACUCUUUAUUGGUUUGUUUGCUGCGUUGCUCUACCAAAUCAUAUCGAAGAGGAGUGUUGAGGUUCAUAAUGUUAGAGCAACGAAUGCACCUGAUUUAGCGGCAUUCUUGAAUGACUUAGAAUUCAAUAUUACCACUAUUUCUAGUAUGAGCUGUGCACAAUUGCGUGGUCUUGGGACUUUAGUUACAGGGAAUCCAGGCUUCAUUGAUUACAGAGUUGCUCCUUUGUCUAACUUUGCUAACUAUUCUUGUCUAAACACCACCAAGGGGCCUACCAUUACACUUAAGUGCAACAAAUGCCAGCUUACUCGAGACAUUUUGUAUGUCACAUGGCAGUUCAUUGAUCUUCCAAAUAAUCCAGCAACUGCUGUUGGCUUUCAGUUCAACCUUACUGCCAAGAGCCAUGGUGAUAAGAAGCAUUUGAGUUUUGUCAGCGGAAUGCUAAAAAAUGCCAGCGACUUUGAAGACGUGCCUGUUACCUUUAGAGGGGCCGUCCCAAAUAUACUGAAAUUCAAUUUGUUUCCUAGAAUAUUCCACAAUCUACAUGAUCUAAAACUUAUCCAACCUCUUUUUCAUGAGUUUCUCCCUGGUUCAUCUUUUAGUGAGAUAACUCAGCUUCAAACGUCGCUUGAAAACUCCAGUGAUGGACAUAUCAACACUACAUUGUAUGUCAAUUUCCUAUCUUCAUAUAUUGUUGAGAUCAACAAUCAAAAUAUUUUAGGACCGGUUAGCUUCCUUGCUGAUGUGGGGGGACUUUAUUGCAGUUGUAUUGGUAUUUUUUUCUACAUCUUGGUGCAAUGUGAGUAUAGAAUCAAGAGGCUUCGCAAUGAGGAUAGUGUAAUGCGAAAGAUCAGAAAUCGUCGCAAAGCUCAAGAACGUUGGGAGAAAUUGAGAAAAUACGUGAUGUAUACAUGGGGAUCUAGCUCAUUGGAUGACAAAGACGAUAGUAACGGUACUAAGACGAAUGUGGCAUGUUUCCCUUGUGUUGGGAUGGAAUCAUCCCACCCAGGUGGAUCUUCCCAUAAACGAAGACUGCAAAACAGGAUGGAUGAUAUUAGUUUUAGCAGAAAGGUCCGUUUAUCCAGUGAGAAGAUUGCUGUGCCAGACACUGUUCGUACUCAAGAGGUUAAAUGUUGCUCAACUCAUCCUGCUCCGAACCUGGAACAGAGGACAUCAUUUUCAAGAAAUGAAUCAGAAGAUCUAGUCCUUGCAAACUUAGAAGAUGGAAAAGAUGAACUUACUGUUGGUUCAUGCCAAGUGGAUUUCUGGAACCAAGCAUCUCCAAUGUCUGAUGUUAACCUUCCACCACCUCCACCAUUAGAACUGAAGGCUUCCAAUGAAAUAAGUAUGGUUGAUCUUCAGAAUAACCUCCAAAAGUUGUAUGAAUAUAGUGCCAUACUGAGGGAAAAGUUAGUAGCUACAGAGUCAACGGUUCGUGCUUCAGCUAAAAAAGAGGCACCUUCCACAAACCAAAGCCACGGGUAGCCUUAAAAUUUGUAUAUUACGAGUAAAAGUUGCUGAACAGCACUCAGAUUUCUGUCAGAUCUCCUGAGCGUGUUGUGAAAAUUCUGUGGUUAUGCGCCUUAGGAGGAGCCCCCAUGAAAUGUUAAAAGGCAUCUUGUAUGGAAGCUUAUCUUGUACCGGAAGAUUAACCGUUUCAGGGCUAUAGUAACUGUAUCAAUUGUUUUAGGCAGAAAUAUUCAAAUAAUGUUGAGAAAUGAUGCAAUAUAUUCAAUUAUGCAACUCCUUAUGUACAUGUAGUAUUAUUGCCCCAGUUUAUUAAAUUCUACCAUCGUCAGUGUUGCAAUUAUUGUGUGUCAAAUAGGCUAUUCUUCAUAGAGAAGUUGAUAGCUGAAAGACUCAAAAGAUAUUCUUUGUAUUUUUUCCUAAAUAAAAUGUCCAGAUAAUCAUCAAUCA